AUGGAUGACCAGCGAAACGUUAGAAGGCAGGGUGAGUUGCUUGAGACUGGAGGUGGUCGGGGUGGUAGAAAUCCCCAAAACCCCCGUGGGUGCGGUAGAGGCCGCGGUAGAGUCCCGAGAGGUGGAAAGGAGAAUCCACCUCAGGCCCUGGUUGAUUGGGAACAAAGGGAUGUGACCAGAAUGACCUGGGAAGAGUUUCGGGAAUUAUUCAACGCCAAAUAUUAUAAUGAGGCGGUCCGCAGUGCAAAGCAGAAGGAAUUUGUAGAGUUGGUACAAGGUGAGGGAGCAGUUAAAUUUCUGCAAGAAACCCGAGAGUCUUCUGGUGUUGGUGGGAUCACUAUUCUCCCUAUGUCUGGUCCUGAAAAAGAAAGUGGGGGUUCUACCUUUGAACAGAAGAAAAGAACUUUUCCAUCUUCGGGAAGUUCAGGACAAGGAAAAAGGUUUCGAGGAAACCAGAACAGAGGAGGACGUCAGACUUAUUCCUAUCCUGAGUGCCCGCGUUGCAAGAAGCAUCACCCCGGAACUUGUAACCGGAGAGCCUGCUUUCAGUGUCGUUCGGUGGGACAUCUCAGGAAGGACUGUCCUCAGUGGAAGAAAGAGGAACCAAAACCUGAGGUCAAACCUGUGCCUGCACCUGCUCGCGUCUUUGCUAUAACCCAGGCUGAUGCUGCUGCCAGCCCUUCAUUUGAUAGACCUAGUGAUAUUCUCGAGACGGGGUUUGGAACCCUGCUGCCUAAUGGAGAAUUAAUUAUUUCAAGAAAGUGGAUUAGAUCUGUAAUAAUUAGAAUUGAAGAUAGAGAAUUAAAUGCUGAUCUUGUGGAGUUACCAUUGGCCAAAUUCGAUAUUAUACUUGGUAUGGACUUUUUGUCCAAAUACUCUGCUAGUAUUGAUUGUAAACGGAAAAUGGUGACUUUUGAACCGGAGAAUGAGGAACCUUUUGUUUUUGUUGGUUCGGUCCAAGGUUCUCGUGUUCCAAGAAUCUCAGCGUUGAAAGCUAGGGAUUUGUUACGUAAUGGAUGUGUUGGAUUCCUAGCAGUGGUAGUGGAUUCUAGUAAACCUGUGCUUCUUCGACCUGAAGAAGUUAAAGUGGUUAAGGAAUUCCUGGAUGUGUUUCCAGAGGAAUUGCCUGGAAUACCACCUCAGCGGGAGAUAGAUUUUAUCAUUGAUUUAAUUCCUGGAGCAGAACCUGUUUCAAAGGCACCUUACCGAAUGGCACCUGCUGAAUUAAAGGAACUGAAGAUACAACUCCAAGGGAUGUUGGAUCUAGGGUUCACUCGGCCUAGUGUGUCUCCUUGGGGAGCCCCUGUGCUAUUUGUGAAGAAGAAAGACGGAACCUUGCGGAUGUGUAUUGAUUAUCGGGAGCUGAAUAAGUUAACCAUUAAGAAUAAAUAUCCUCUGCCCAGAAUUGACGAUUUGUUUGAUCAACUUCAGGGCAAAAUGGUAUUCUCUAAGAUUGAAUUGAGAUCUGGAUAUCAUCAGUUGAGAAUUCGAGAAGAGGAUAUUCCAAAGACACCCUUCCGAACCAGGUAUGGUCAUUACGAGUUCCUGGUUAUGUCUUUUGGGUUAACGAAUGCUCCAGCAGCUUUUAUGGAUCUCAUGAAUAGGGUAUUCAAGGAUUUCCUCGAUAAUUUUGUAAUUGUAUUUAUCGAUGAUAUUCUUGUAUACUCUCGGUCAGAAGCAGAACAUGAGCAACAUCUUCGAAUGGUUCUGCAGCGACUUAGAGAUCAUAAACUCUAUGCAAAGUUCAAAAAGUGUGAGUUC